AACGUCCCCCUCCAUACAAACGUCCCCCUCCCCCGCCACCCCGCGGCCUUCUCCAGCCGGCGCGGCCUCUCCCCGGCGGCGCAGCCUCUUCCGGCCGGCGGGAGGGCGGGGCCGAGCGCUCUGGCGGGCCGGCCGGUGGUGCGAGCGUCCCGGGCUCGCGCUCCGCCGCCGGCCGGCCGGCCAUGCUCAUCACGCUGUGCUACCUGUACCUGUGGGCGCGCUGGGGGCAUGGGCCCGCCGCGCUAGUGCGCACCACGGUGCAGCAGCUGCGGGCCUCGCGCUGCUCCUUCACCUUCUGCCGCGCGACUGCGCAGCCCCGGGGCGCCCGCGUGUGCCUGAGCCGCGGCGGCCGCGUCUUCUGCGUCGGCGAGAGCCAGUCCAUUGAUGACUUGAACAAAUGGGCCCUGUUUCUGGUUUCUCCUUUUAUACUUGAAGCAGAACACAUAGCAUUUGUGACAGAGAGCAUUUGGGUGCAAGGUGACACUUUACAGAGACCAUCGUCCUCUUCGGAAACUGUUGUGAAGUGGUCGGAUUGUUGCUUGCCGUUAGCUUGCAGACCUGGGGAUCCUUAUCAGUUAAUCGCCAGAGCAAGUGUGGAUGACUUCAGCAAGCUGGGAGUGGCGUUCCUUGAAGAUAGACUCCAGGUGGCUAAUGGACUGAUACCCCAAAAGAUCGUUUCUGUCCACUUGCAUGACUCUGCUCUGAAGGAACUUAAGGACCAGGCCUCAGACACGCCAGCCCAGCUCCUGGAGCCCCAGCCGGAACCUUCUGUUGAGAGCAAGCCUGAGCUGGAGGCUAUGGAGCACGUUGGCAGAGAGGACCACCAGGUUCUGGGUUCCGCACCCACGCCGGGGCAAGGCGGUGCCCCUGGGGGCGAGCCUGCCGGGGAGAGCGACAGAGGCGUGGGCUCCAUCGAGCACUGUCACCUCCAUCUUUCUAGCUGCCACGAGUGUCUGGAGCUUGAGAACAGCACCAUCGAAUCCGUCAAGUUUGCCUCUGCAGAGGACAUUCCAGAUCUUCCCUACGACUACAGCAGUGGUUUGGAGGGUAUCGCGUAUGACCUCUGCCCCAAGAGAGAACAGAGGAGGGUCAACCUCACGGGAAAGGCACCCAACAUCCUUCUCUACGUGGGGUCCGACUCCCAGGAUGCCCUGGACCGGCUCCAGCAAGUCCGGUCAGCUCUGGCCGACUGCGUGGACACCAACUGUUACACUCUCUACCACCUGCCGCUGGAAAGUGCUCUCAGGGACCCAUGGCCAGACAACUGCCUGUUGGUGGUCAUUGCCACGAGGGAGUCCAUCCCCGAGGACCUGUCCCGGAGGUUCAUGGCCUAUCUUUCUCAGGGAGGGAAGGUCCUGGGCCUGUCAUCGCCCUUCACGCUUGCUGGCUUCCAGGUGACCAGGAAGGCCGCACUGCAGGACACAGUCCAGAGCUUGGUUUUCUGCAAGGCGGACUGGAGCCAGGUGAGGCUCAGCGUCCUGAGCAGCGGCUGCGUUUACGAGGGGGGCCCCGGGGAGCCGCUCAGCCUGGGCAAGCUCCAGGGCCACCUGGACAACAAGGACGAGGACAGGCUGAUUGUGCAAGUGCCUUUCGGAACACGUGGAGGAGAAGCUGUUCUUUGCCAGGUGCACCUGGAACUACCUCCCAGCUCUCCAGUAGUGCAAACACAAGAGGAUUUUAACCUGCUCAAAUCAAGCAAUUUUAGAAGAUACGAAGUCCUUAAGGAGAUCCUGAUGACGCUUGGCCUAAGCUGUGACGCAAAACACGUUCCUGCCUUAACGCCUCUUUACUUGCUGUCGGCAGCUGAGGAAAUCCGGGAUCCUCUUAUGCAGUGGCUGGGGAAGCAUGUGGAUGCUGAAGGAGUAAUAAAAUCCAGCAAGCUCUCCCUUAAAUUCGUUUCAUCCUACACGUCUGAAAUAGAAAUCACCCCAUCUGCUAUACCUGUGGUGACUGACAUAGAGACCUUCUCAUCAGAAAAUUUUAACUUUGAGAUCUACCAACAAAAUUUGCAGACAAAGAAACUUGGAAAAGUAAUUCUGUUUGCUGAAGUGACAACCACCACAAUGAGUCUUCUGGACGGGUUGAUGUUUGAGAUGCCACAGGAAAUGGGUUUAAUCGCCAUCGCAGUCCACCAAACGCAGGGCAAAGGGCGGGGAAGGAAUGCUUGGCUGAGCCCCGUGGGGUGCGCUCUUUCUACCCUGCUCGUCUCCAUCCCACUGAGAUCCCAGCUGGGACAGAGGAUUCCGUUUGUCCAGCAUCUGAUGUCUCUGGCUGUCGUGGAGGCGGUAAGGUCCAUUCCUGGGUACCAGGAUAUCAAUUUACGAGUGAAGUGGCCCAACGAUAUUUAUUACAGUGACCUCAUGAAGCUUGGUGGAGUUCUGGUUAACUCAACACUUAUGGGAGAAACAUUUCAUAUACUUAUUGGCUGUGGAUUUAACGUGACUAACAGCAACCCUACCAUAUGCAUCAACGAUCUCAUCACAGAAUACAAUAAGCAACACGGGGCCGAACUAAAGCCCUUAAGAGCUGAUUAUCUCAUCGCCAGAAGUGUGACUGUGCUGGAGAAGCUGAUCGACACAUUUCAGGACGAAGGGCCCAAUGGCGUUCUUCCUCUCUAUUAUAAAUAUUGGCUACACAGUGCUCAGCAAGUCCGCCUGGGAAGUGCUGGGGGACCAAAGGUGUGGAUAGUCGGCCUCGACGAUUCCGGGUUCCUUCUGGUUCACCAGGAGAACGGCGAAGUGGUGACUGUGCAUCCAGACGGCAACUCCUUCGACAUGCUGGGAAACCUCAUAAUCCCCAAACAGCCGUAGUCCUGUCUGGAGCGUCUGCUGGGCCCCGGGCCACAGCUGGGAUGAGCUGGGACGGGCGGAAGGGCAGAACCGCCGCAGGAGCAUUGCACGUCGAUUUCUGCCGCCUUUCCUAGCCCAUGAUCUGGAAAACGAAUUCGGAGUUGUAGGCAAAUGUUUUCUCCCUCCACUUAACCUGUUAAUUCUUUAAUUUUGUUCUGUUGUCAUUUUAUUUGGUGUUUGAAGAUGCUGGGGGUGGAGGGUUGACAAGUGGAAGAUUUAAUUCAGGUAUAAGCCCUGGCAUAGGGUGUGAAAUUCUUCUCCCCUCUUGAAAUUGGAUGCAUCUUAGUUGGGGAGGGGGGUAGUUUUUACAUGGAAACAGCAAUGGCAUAAUUCAAAUGUUUUCCCAGUAGUGGAGGUCUCUACCCCUAGACUAUUAAAAACAGAUUUUAAAAAGGUUUUCGGGCCCAGACCAUUGGUGAGUUAGAGGUAGGGUAACACUGUUUACAAGCAUCCAGGGAGGUGUUUUCCUACAGGAACAUAUAUUGGCACUUAGUUAUCAUUUUAUUUUUUUGUAAGUGAAGAAAAGAGAAGGUAGAUUUCUAGUGUUACUCUCAUCCUGUGGUUUGUGGUCCAAUAACAAUGUCUAAACGGAACAGAGGCUGGUAUGCUUGCGAUGACCUUGUAGAGGAAAUCAGUUAAUUACUUUGACAUUAACUAAUGAGCUCUCCUUUCAUAAGUUUAAAUUUACUGCAUAUUCUGAAGUGAUGGGAUCAAGUUCAGGGUCCUGAAAGCGUUGAUCAGGCAUUGCGCGGAUGCGAGGUGGAUGAUUUGGGCCUAACAGCUGGGUUUGAAGUCUCUCAUUCCACACGCAAAGGAGGAUGUGGCGCUUGUAAGCCAGCUUCAGGCUCGCUUCGAAAUCCUGCGGAACUGUGCAGUGCACACACUGUAGAAGUACGUGGCAUUUUAUUUGUAAGUCACAUUUUUUUGCCCCCUUUUCAUAUUGCCAAAAAAGAAAAUGUUAUUGCUACUGAAUGCCAUCAGUUAAGAGGAUGGGGGUGUGUGUGUGUGAGAGAGAGAGAGAGAGAGAGAAACUUUAAAAGAAGAUGUUCCAAAUAUGAUGCCCUAAGAGUCUGCAUGGAAGAACAAAAGAAAGGAAGCCUUUUGAUAUACAUUUGCUAUUUCCAGAUGUAUUCCAUGCUUUUUCCAUGUAACUCCUAUCUCUGUUGAACUUGAGAAUCAUACACAUUACUUUUCAGCCUGUAAAGGCCAAUUUUUGUCCACUUUUCUCUCUUCCUGCCAUUCCCAACUGAAAUUAGUGGCAAGAAAACUUGAUGAGGCUCUCAGCUUUGAACAAAAUCCCCUUAUUGUGCACUAGCACCCUCUUCAUCCAGCUUUACCCAGUCAGGCUAACUCCAGAAGCUUGUGGGUUUCAGUAUAAAAUCUGCCUACCUGUAGCCAGGCACAGGCAGCCACAUAGGAAGGAAACAAAUAACACGUUUAGUUAAGUCCACUAACCCAAUAUGUGUGUUUUGGAAAUGUAACUUGAAAAGAACUUCAGAAGUAAUUUUUGCAAAUAAGGCUUCAAUUAGAAUUAUUCUUUUAAAAAAAACAAAAACAAAAAAACCCACUCUCUCCUAAAUGCCCAAGUCUACAUAAAAGUUUAAAGUCCACAGCACCCCAAAAUUACAAAAUGGUCUCACCCUUGAGAGGGCAUCUGCAAAAUAUCAUCAAGAAGAAAGAUCUCAGGCUAAUGUUGCAAGUUUCAUUUCUCAAACUCUGUAAUAUAAGGCAAGUCAUCUCUCAGAGCUGCCAUCAUUACUUUUUGAAUUUCUUUGGGGGGUUAUUUAAUGAGAAACAUGCUAUGAUUUGUUUUAAGCUGAAGUCCUAUUCUAGACAGUCUGCUUUGGGGGAAAAAAAAAUGUUAUCAUUUAAUUUCCUUUUGGUAAAUUAAAACUAAUGAAGUGUGGCCAUGUCAAAGCAGAUGGAGAUGUUCCGGGCAUAUCACUUUGCCUCUGUGCUUUUAAGACUGUUCUUACUUGUGCCGACACCCAGUUGUCUUGAGGGAGACAACAUAGACUUGGAGCAGAUGCUGCGUUUUUCAUAAACCUGAUUUUGCCUCAGAGGAACCAAAGACUUUUGAAAUUCUGCUUCAUAUAGAACAGCUGAAUAAAGGCAUUUCCCUUACAGCUGUUAGCAUUAGGGAAACUUGCUGUACUGCACUCAUCAAUUUGGGCCGUUUAUGCACCCGGCAAUCGAUGACCUCAAGGAGCUUUAAAGUCUUAACGGGAACUUUGCAUUUUCUUCUUAAUCUUUAAAACACGGCACCUAAACUCAGGAUUGGCGUGUGCUCUUAGGAUAUUGAAUUGUGCCCCAGUUCAGAGGCUGCGCAUCUCUACCAGGUUAUGUAAAGGGCAAGAUGUCAUCCCUUCUGGGCUGGUAGCAAAUUUCAGAAGAACUCUUGAGGAAGUGCCCCCUAAAACAGGACACAGCAAUACCUGGGCUUCCGGGGCACGCACGCGCGCAUGCACACACGCACACACACCCCCCUCAGCAGUGCUCCUCGGCACUGUUCAUCCUGGCAGCGUUUACAGCGUGGAGGCAAAGCCGAAAGGAUUUGUGUCCGGUGUGGGGCUCGCUGCUGCAGCCCCCUGACUGCUGUGGGUGGGUGCGCAGGCCCAGACCCGCGUAGCAUGCAACCGCACCCCUACCCCUACACACACGGGGGGGCUGCAUGGCCGUCUCUCACCCGAGAGUCUGGGAGCCAGGAGAGAAGCAGACUCACCCAACCGUUUCAGAGUGCAUAAAGGAGACAUUUUAGGCUUACAGUCCAUAGAUCUGUUUGCUCGUAACAGACAAAGAAUGGAGAGUCGGUAUUCCUGGGUAACUACUAUGCGUAUUUGAAAUAAAAGAAAGUGUGAAACCUCUGCAUUUUUAGCUUUUCAAAGAAUCAUCUCUGAAAAGGAAUUAAUUUAAACCAAUUCCUGUAAAAAGCAAGUCUAUCAAAAUAAACUUUAAGACUUUCUAUAUA